UUUGUAUAGUUUUUAAUGAUUUGUUCAUACUUGGUACAUUUAUUUUCACAAGAUGUUUUUUAUUUUUACUUUAUAAAACUACUUUGCAAUACAUUUCAUAAGAAGAUCUGCUUACAUUUUACUUCACUUAAAUUUAUGAAAAACAAAAAUGUGUUGCUGGCAUUUAGUCUAGUUAUAUCAGAAUCCCUGGUAUUUGAUUUUGUUUUUUUUUUAAUUUUAUUCAUUUCUUUUUAUUGUUCAUCUUAAUGCUUAACAUUGUUGCUGUGUUUUCAUUCUUCUCUCCUCCGGUUUCCGCCUGCAGAGGACUCUGUUUUCCUCUUCGCUCCUCCAUCACAGCCGUGCGUGUGCGCGCGCGUUCAUAAUCCACGGGCGCUGCAGCUGCUCGUGCACGCGCGGCGCUGGUGAUGGAUCUGCAGGAAUGCUGCUGAGUUUCUCCUGAACUUUUCCCGGUCGGAGGCGGACAUGGAGGCGGCGGGCGCGAGCCGGCUGUCGGACGAGGAUCUGCUGCUGCGGGGGAAGGAAGACCUGAUCCAGAUGCUGAAGAGUCUGGAGAACCGCAACGUGGACCUGAUGCUGGAGCACGGACAGCUGAUGAAAGACGUGAACCGGAGCCUGCAGGUCCACCUCCACGAGAUCCGGAGCCUCAAGGAGGUCAACCAGAGGCUGCAGGAGGACAACCAGGAGCUGCGGGAGCUCUGCUGCUUCCUGGACGACGACCGGCAGAAGGGGCGGAAGAUGUGCCGGGAGUGGCAGCGCUUCGGCCGCUACACGGCCGGCGUCCUGUGGAGGGACGUGGGGCUGUACCAGCAGAAGCUGACGGAGCUGGAGGCCGGCCAGGAGGCGCUGAGGGCGGAGAACGCGGAGCUGAAGGAGAUCGUCCUCAUGCUGGACGAGGAGCGCGGCGGAGCCGGAUCCCGGAGCUCCAUCGACAGCCAGUCCAGCCUGAGCGGCCCGGUGCCCCCGCGGGACGGCGGGGACGGCAGCAGCGCGUCCAGCACCGGGAGCGGGGGGAGUCCCGACCACCACCCCAGCCUGCUGAAGCCAUGCGAGGGGGGCAGCGCUCCUCUGAGGUGGUCCACGGAUGACCUUUCUGUGGGAGAGGUGUACAUCAGGGAGCUGCAGGACAGGGUGAGGCUGCUGGAGGAGGAAAACCAGCAGCUGCUGUCACAGAAAGCUGUGCGGAUCCAAAGUGCAAAACUGUCUCCCACCGGGACCUGCCUCCCCCCAGGACAGAAACCUGAAGCUGUUGUUCAUGCAAUGAAGGUGCUGGAGGUUCAGGAGAAGAUGGACUUGCAGGGCUCCAUGGAAUGUGAUGAAAACCUCAGUGAGAAGGAGAAGGCCAUCGUCAGGGAGAUGUGUAACGUGGUUUGGAGAAAGCUGGGUGAUGCCACUGGAUCAAAGGUAUCUGUCCGCCAGUUCACAGGACUGCAUCAGUAGAAACGGAGAUGUCACGGGGGUUUGUCCCCAUCCUCAAAGCAAAACCUUUACUCCAUUAGAUGAACAUUGACUCUGACUCCUCCCAUGUGCAGUCUGCCAUGCAUGCUGGGUAUUUAGAGUAGCCAGACCUCUGCCUGCUGGUUAAUUCAGGUGUUUUUCUGAUGGGUUGUACACGUUCUGUAAGACUAUUAGACUGUUGAGCUGAAGCACAAAUAUGUGACAAGUCAUGUGAUUCAAAAAUGUCCAGCAAAUGCUCACCUGUCACAGAAAAAACUGGUCCACCCCAACGACAAAACACUAGGAGAGAAGCAGGGCAAGUCAGGAGAGCUCUGACCUGUGCUUUAGUUAAAGAACCCCCUCACCAUGGCUCUGCAGUCCACCUAAAGGACAGUGGAAGUUCUGUUUAAUAUUCUAUACAAAGAGGACAGUUGGUUGAAAGAGGAGCCAUGGAAGACAUCUAAGUCUAAAUGAAGAAACCUCUCAACAGAGGGGGCGGGCUCUGAAACAUUUCCUGUCCUGUUUUAACGUCUCUUUCAAGCAGACUGGGGUCCCAUUCACAACCCCUCAUACACCGACAACAGACCACCAACGAGAACCCCAGAACCGCGAAAAGAACCCCAUCAAGUACCAGGACAUUACAACCAUUCUGAAGAUCACUGGAUUGUUGACAUUUGCAUCUGCUCACAUGACAUCUAGUUCUUGAACUAUUGGGAUCACUUUGAAACAGUCGUAGUUUCAAAGUCUGAGUUCUCCAUCAGUUGUUAGAGGAAAAUAACUGGAUGAGCAGACGAACAGUUUCUGGAUCCGCUUUCAAAGUCCAGCUGACCUGGAGAACAGAAUCCUGUUCUCUCUUGGUACAGUUGAGCACAUCUCUUCAGUGAUGGUUUGGUGAAGUUCCUCAGUCUUCUAAGCUCAUCCUGCUGGUGCUUUAUCAGAGAACAUAAUCAACCCAACUCUGGUCAUUUUACCGGACAGUAAAAUUCCCAGAAAAGAUGUCUCCAUGUGAGCAUCAGUAAAGUUCUCAGAUGAGCAUCACCUGCCUCAGCAGGAGUCUCACUGCCCUCUUUUGCUGCAUGUUUGCUUCAUAUUUAGUAUCUGUGUCUGAGUUUUAUGGAGUUAUAAAAAAUCUUUCACAUAAACUGAGGUAUACUCAACACCAUUGCAGCUGAGAAACAUUGUGUUUUUGCGUAGCUCAGGAUGUUUUGCAGCAGUAAAGUAUGUAAGAGAGUUUUAGAUGCAACAAGAAUUAAAGUUUAUUUUGCAAACCUAA